AUGUUAGAAUCGACUCCGAAACGUGGUAACGUGGCAUCAGUCAUAGCACAUUUGGAAAAAAGGCAAAAAAUUGAUUUUUCAAAAUUGGAUGGAGGGAAAUGUACGAAGAAUGAAAAUUUCAUCGUCGGCGGUGGCGGUGUUAGUAGUAGUAGUUAG